GAAUCAAAGUUCAUUUAGUUGAUAAGAAAUUCACAUAGUGAGUUCAAUUCUUGCCAUUAGUGUGAGCACUUGUGUGAGCACUCCUCAUUUGUUAUUUCAUUACUAAUUGUGGAAUCGAAAUCAUCUAAUGUCACCAUUGCCAUCAAUGUGACUCAAUCUCAACACUCCUACUUAGCUAAGAGGCAAAUAACAUAUUAGUUUCUUUUCUAAUUUUCGUAGUUUAGAUGUUAGCCAUAUUCGUAGAGGCAAACCAAACAGCUCACUUCUUAGCUAAAUUAACAAUUUUAUCCGGUAUAGAUUUUGUUUGGGUUGAAGAAACUCGCUUAUCUUUUCACUGUCUUGACUUUUGAUUUAUUGUCACAUUCAAUUUAAUAAUAAUAUUAGUCAUUUUUUUUUAAAAAACAAAUAAAACUAGCCAUUUUUAAAAAACAAAUAAAUCUAAAGAAAAUCAAAAUAAUGACUAUUUUAUUCAUCUCCAAUCAAACUAUACUAAAUGCCAUUAACUCUCUUUCUCUUUGACAUGAGGGUUAAAAAGAAGAGAAGAAAAGAAAAAAAAGUUAUAGCAAGAGUUUGAAUUUAUCAACAAUUGAUUUGCUAAGAAAGUACAAACAAACACAAAGAAGGAAACAACCUUGUUGACCACACAAAUAGAAAAUAUCAUACCAUAACAGAACAGACAAAGACACCUCUCUCUCUAUCUCUCUCUCUCUCUCUCUCUCUCUAAAACCAAGUCUUUCUGUCUAGCAAGAUUACCAUUUUCAACAUUAAAAUCCAUCAUCAAAUUCAGUAAUCAAGUGCUAACACCAAAACAGAGAGAAAGAAAGAAAGAGAAACAGAACUCCACAUGGGUCUCUGUUUUUCCUUUCUCUUUCCUCCUUCUGCAACUCCCCAAUCAUCUUCUUCCUUCAACAAACCUCCUCUUUCUUCAGGUUCAACAAGCACUAUUGGAUUCUCUGCAACAACAAGCAGUGCAGGAAGAAGCCAAUUCUCUGAGGUUGCAAGUGGAAGCAUUGAUGGUACUAAUGAAGGGUCUCUUCGAUUUCCUCCACCAAAUGGUCAAAUUCUUGAUAGACCAAAUUUGAAGGUUUUUAGUUUUGGUGAUAUGAAAUCUGCAGCAAGAGGGUUCAAACCUGAUACAUUACUUGGUGAAGGUGGUUUUGGAAAAGUUUAUAAAGGUUGGAUGGAUGAGAAAACUCUUACUCCUGCUAAAGCUGGUUCUGGAAUUAUGGUUGCUAUAAAAAAAUUGAACUCUGAAAGUACUCAAGGGUUUCAAGAAUGGCAGUCAGAAGUCAAUUUUUUAGGAAGACUUUCUCACCCAAACUUGGUGAAGCUAUUGGGUUACUGUUGGGAAGAUGAAGAGCUUCUUCUUGUGUACGAGUUUAUGCCAAAAGGAAGUUUGGAGAAUCAUCUCUUCAGAAGAAAUCCUAACAUUGAACCACUUUCUUGGAACACAAGAAUCAAAAUAGCUAUUGGUGCAGCUAGGGGUUUGGCUUUCUUGCAUGAUUCUGAAAAGCAAGUCAUAUACAGAGAUUUUAAGGCCUCCAAUAUACUCCUUGACGGGAGUUAUAAUGCAAAAAUAUCAGAUUUUGGAUUAGCUAAAUUGGGACCUUCUGGGGGACAAUCACAUGUAACUACAAGGGUCAUGGGCACAUAUGGUUAUGCUGCCCCAGAAUACAUUGCAACAGGGCACUUAUAUGUGAAGAGUGAUGUGUAUGGCUUUGGUGUGGUGCUAUUAGAAAUAAUGACAGCCAUGAGAGCACUGGACACAAAAAGGCCAUCAGGGCAACAAAACUUGGUGGAAUGGGUGAAACCUUUUCUCUCCAACAAGAAAAAGUUGAAAGGCAUAAUGGAUGCUAGAAUAGAAGGACAAUACUCACCAAAAGCAGCAAUACAAGCAGCACAACUUUCUCUUAAAUGUCUAGAAAAUGACCCUAAACAACGUCCUUCUAUGAAAGAAGUACUUGAGUCAUUGGAAGCUAUUGAAGCUAUUCAGGUCAAAUCUAAGGAAUCUAAAAACAACAUUUCUCAUCAAGCUCCAGUUGUUCAAGCUGCUAGGCACCAAAGAGCUGUAAAAGUAUAAUUUUUUUUGUUAAGACGCAAAGGAAAGAUAGGUUGAAUAGAAAAAUAUAGGAAAACGGAUCCGGAUCCUCUCCUGCUUUUUUAUGUCAUGUUGUCCGUUAAGCGUUAAUCUCAACCACUCAUUUGUGUUACGACAUGCGGUGAAGAGUGCUUUAACGGUGAGGAUCCGUGGUGAACUAUCCAGUCGGAGAAAAUCCAGGUCCAAAAUAUAGGCUGGAUUCAAUCACUUAAAUAUUUUUUUUACUUGAAGAAUAUUAAUUUCUUUUCUGCCGGUUGUGGAGGGGAGAUUAUUAUGUUGUGGAUGGGUUGAUUAUUUUAUUGGGCAUUUUGACUAUUCUAUGAUUUUUUUUGUUAAGUUAUUCAUACUUAA